UACAGUCUCCUGCCUCCGUCAGAGCCGCGAGUCAAGCUCCUGCGCGGCGCACGGACACUUUCCAUCGCUCCUCUCGUUUCUCAGGAGCGCGACACUGGAUGAGAUCGUUCCUAGAAAUCCUCCUGCAAACAACUGGGAGGGGGGGGAAACAGUUGAUGAAGUAAUUAGUAUUAUAGAGUUUUUAUGUGGAUGUGAUUUUUGCUCGCAGUUUUUUUUUUUUGAUUUGCCUCUCAGUGAAUUUGCUGCUGAUGCCUCGCACCCGAGCCGCGGCGCAGACUCGGUUAAUUUACGCAGAGCAGCUGUAACAAUGUUCGGAUACAGUGGGAGCUAACUGCAUGUGGAUGCUCUUGGACUUAACAGCCUGCAAAAAACAAGGAUUCAGUCAAACUUAUGGCGUGAAGGGGCCGUACUUGGCCUUCGUCAUUCACAGCUAAUGGAUGUCUUUACCCAGUAUGCCUACAAUGACAGUUUCUAUGACAAUGGAACAUGGAGCUUCAACGAGACCGAUCGAGAGCACAAGCACCCGUACAACUACUACGCCAUGCUGCUCACGCUGCUCAUCUUCGUCAUCGUCUUCGGCAACGUGCUGGUGUGCAUGGCUGUGUCCAGAGAGAAGGCUCUGCAGACCACCACCAACUACCUGAUUGUCAGCCUGGCUGUCGCAGACCUUCUGGUGGCCACGCUGGUCAUGCCCUGGGUCGUCUACUUGGAGGUAGUGGGAGAGUGGCGCUUUAGCAAGAUCCACUGUGACAUCUUUGUCACUCUAGACGUGAUGAUGUGUACAGCCAGCAUCCUCAAUCUCUGUGCCAUCAGCAUUGAUCGCUACACGGCGGUCGCAAUGCCAAUGCUGUACAAUACUCGCUACAGUUCCAGGAGACGGGUCACAGUAAUGAUCUCCGUGGUGUGGGUACUGUCUUUCGCCAUAUCGUGUCCCCUGUUGUUCGGCCUGAAUAACACAGCUACUCGUGAUGAGUCUCUCUGUGUAAUCGCCAAUCCGGCUUUUGUGGUGUACUCCUCCAUUGUGUCCUUCUAUGUUCCCUUCAUCAUCACUCUGCUGGUUUAUGUGCAAAUUUAUGUGGUCCUGAGGAAGCGCAGGAAACGUGUAAACACAAAACCAAAGCAGCGAAUGUGUCAGGCCGUCGACCCUGAUGCAGCCACAUCGCUGAAGGUUAAGUGCACUCAUCCAGAGGAUGUGACAUUGUGCACCAUGAUUGUUAAGACUAAUGGGAGUUUUCCUGUCAACAAGAAGAAAGUGAUUUUCAUCAAAGACGUGAUCAAUGAGGGGGAAGAUCUGGAGCUGGACGAGCUGAACAACAGCGGCAGCAGCAGCCAGAGGCAGAAGCAGCAGUCGCAGUGUGCUCUUGGAGACAUUCCGGCCACGAGCCACCAGCAACUGAUGCCCAGCAAGGCCAACAACAGCCCCACGUCCACACCUCCCACACCCCCCGAGGAGGCCCAGAAAGCAGAGAAGAACGGAGACCCUACCAAGGUGGCUCAUGGGGAUCCGGCACCGGUUGUGGCCAAAGCCUUUCAGACGCAGGCCUUACCUAACGGCAAAACUCAGACCUCUGUGAAAACUAUGAACAUGAACAAGAGGAAGAUCUCCCAGCAGAAGGAGAAGAAGGCCACUCAAAUGUUAGCCAUUGUUCUUGGUGUCUUCAUCAUAUGCUGGCUGCCGUUCUUCAUCACACACAUCUUGAACACCCACUGCACGAAAUGCAAAGUUCCCGCCGAGAUGUACAACGCUUUCACUUGGCUGGGCUACGUGAACAGCGCUGUGAACCCCAUCAUAUACACCACCUUCAACGUCGAGUUCAGAAAGGCGUUCAUAAAGAUCUUGCACUGCUAAACUGCAGCGUCAUUCGUCUCAUCAGACUGAGGGAGGGGUGAAGAAUUAAAAAAAAACAUCUUUUCUGUCAAAUACCUCAUCCUGUGAAGGAAAUGCACCACAGGGGAAAGCCGCGAUUCGCUUUUUAAAAAGGAACAGAACUGAACGAGUGGGAAAAACUUGACUGUGUCUUACUCGAUGACACGUUGGCUCUAUCUGUGAAUGGUUUGUGGACUUCAAAUCACUGAAUGUAAAACAAGAAAUGUCUGUAACAAUGACUUGUUCCAUAGAGAAAGAAAUAUGUACCAUUGUUCUCUGAAAAUCAUUGUGCUUGUCGCGUAAGGAGCCAUCUGUGUAUACCACACACGUACAAGUUGCAAACUGCUUUUUAUUGUGUGUGUAAUUUAUGUUAUGAAGAUGGAGAUUUUCUGCAGAUCUUAUAGAUAUCAAGUCAGUGUUCAUUGCAGUGUUAAAGCUCAGACGUGAGCUCUUAAUCUUAAAACCUGUCACUGGUUGGAAUGUGUGUUUGAGACAAGAGACAAUUUACUUGCUGUAUAAUGUGGCAAUGCCAAUAUCCACAUAUUUGCAAUUUUAUAAAUUGGAAAAAUCAUGUUAUUAUUAUUAUUAUUAUUAUUAUUAUUAUUAUUAUUAUUAUUAUCACUAUUAUACUUAUCAUUCUUUGCUGUAAAUAGUUUUUUCUUAACACAUUAACUGUGAUUAUGCCUGCAAUUGAAAUGUGAUGCAUGCUACAUUGCUCCUCUACUUGACUUCUCAUGAAAUGUAUGUUUAGCAAAAAAUGACAAAAGAUGUCCAAUAAAUGAAGUUCUGAGACACUGUAACGUGCCACAUGAAAAUCA